AUGACAAUCCCACGUCCACAGCACGAGAAGUCCAGUCGACUCCUUAUUCGACUACCCAUCCUAUUCAAAUCAUUCAUCGCACCCGAUCCCGACAUGCGACCUGACUAUGAGCAGUGCAAGCUUGCUUCCUGCCAAUGGCUCGCUGACAGGCUCGGUAUGACAGAGAAGGCUUCUCGAGUCCUUACCGCUGGGGACUUCACUUGGUUCUGCGCUGUCUACAUUCCAUACACUCCUUACGAACGCUUCCGCAUCGUGAGCGACUGGACCAACUUGAUCUUCUAUCUCGAUGAUUUGUUCGACAACGGCGACCUCAAGGGAGAUCCUGUGCGCACAAAGGCCUUCAUCGAUCGCCUGUUUGAAGCUAUCGAUGGCGACAUUACGCCUGCAGACCAGAACGAUCCCGACCUAGAUUAUGUCGACAAGCAAAAGUUCUACAGAAGAGCUAUGGAGAAGUUCUUGAUUGGGGCACUCAAGCACGUCGAGGACUGCCACGAAGACUACAACCGUAGUCUCGAUGAGAUCUUGGAACGCCGCAGCGACUCGGUCGGAAUGGACCCUUGUUAUCCCAUGGUCUGCUUCGCGAAUGAUCUCGAGAUACCAGAUGAGAUCAUGCUCAGUGAGCAAAUCCGAGGACUCGAGCAGCUGAGCUGCGAGCUGUGCGGUCUACAGAAUGAUGUGGUGUCAUAUCGAAAGGAAGAGUCCGAGUCGGUCACGCACAACAUGAUUGCAGUCUGCCGACUGAACGGCAUGGAGGUACAAGAAGCGCACGAUCACGUCGCAAUCAUGAUCGACACCCGCUUGAACCGCAUGGACGAGACUUUCGCCACACUUCCGAAGUGUGAUAAGGACAUCGCCGAGCAGGUCAAGGCGUACGUCCGCGGCAUCGAACUCAUGGUCGCUGCAAAUGUGCACUGGAGCUAUCGCAGUCACCGCUACUUUGGCUUACGCAACCACGAAGUGCGUGAAACGGGUCUUGUUGACCUUCUGGUUCAACCGCCCUACCUCAAGCAAGCCAUCGUUCCAAAGGGUCGAGCCGAUAGCUUUAACGAAGCUUAG